AUGACUUCUUCAAUCACCUCUUCAACUACUCCAAUCAAACAAAAACAAACUCCUUUAAAAGUCCGCAAAAAUGGCCUCCCAUCCCAAGGACGUCGUGCAAAUACAAAACCAAAACCAAGCUUUAUUUGUUCAAUCUGUAACGUCACAUUCAAACGUUCAGAACAUUUAGUUCGUCAUAAAAGAUCUCACACUCUUGAAAGACCCUUUGGAUGCCCACAAUGUGGCACCUGCUUUACUCGCAAAGACCUUCUUGUACGCCACCAAAGAACAUGUAAAGGUGUACCCUCCCGACGACGCAGAAAAUCAGUAGUCCCAAUCAUCCACUCGGUAGAAACAACAAACGGCGUUUUACAUCCUGCAACUACCCCAACAACUUUGGCUCUCCCAGAAUCACCAGACUCCCAACGUAGCCGCCGUGACUCAUCUGUAUCUCUCCUAUCACCAUCUUUGCUCCCAAACUCUCCCAUACAGCAACAACAACAACAGCAACAGCAACAGCAACAGCAACAGGAAUCUCUUUCUUAUAAGCCCUAUAAUAAUCAUCACCCCCUGUUAACCCCACCAACCCCACCACCAGCCUUGCUUACACAAGCUUCAUUUUCUUCCAUGACGGAUAACGAUGACAAUACCGUAGACAAUGAUGAUGACCUCUUAAAUGCAGCCAUUGAUCCUUUUCUAGCUGGGUAUUUUGAUGACCCAACUGCUCUAGGGAAUAUGGACUUGACCUUGGACCUAAGUUCAACAAACCACUUUUUCGCUGAUGACCCAAAUACUACAUCCAAUAUUGAUAGUCAAAUUGAGGGUAUCUCAAUGCAGUUAAACUCUCCUUCUCCAUCUCUUUCUGCAUGGUCAGGAGAUGACGCUACUGCUGUUGUAGCUGCUACUGCUGCUGUCAGUAAUUCUGAUGUUCAAGAAACUGCAGAUCAUCUUAAUAACUCUAUUUAUUCAUUCUCUGAUUUGUCACCACCACCUUCUUCUUCUUCUUCUUCUUCUUCUUCUUCUUCUUCUUCAUCAUCAUCAUCAUCUUCUUCCUCUGCAUAUAUGGAUAUCAAUAACUCGGCAAUUGAUCCGGAAUUGCCAAUGCUUUCUCUUUUUUCUCAAAAUAAUUCUUCUGCGAUACCCACACACUCUACCCAAAAGCACCAGAAUCAAGAUAUACUAUUCCCCCUUUCAAAUCAAUUAAAAACAUUUCGAAAACGGGAAGACUUUGAGCGUAGCAAGACUUUUAAAACUAUUAGCUCAAAUGUCUCAAUAACCGACUGUGCUAUCAUCAACAAUAAGAAAAAGGCAAACUUGGUACCCAAGUCUGAUGACUACCAAGUAAAUGAGGAAUUUAAAAAUCAAUCAAAUUCUGGAUCCUUAAUACAUGAAGUACUCUUUGGCCAAAGUUACUUUAACAUGUACAAUAUCCCAGGCGCAGAAAUCAUUAACCGCUCAAAUGCAGGACUUCAAAAAAUGCGUCGCAGCAAGAGUAAUAGUUCUGGAUCAGCAAUAAUAAAACAUCCACUCACUGAUGGACCUGUGUAUUCUAUGCUCUCUUCAUCCUCAUCAUCGCUGCUCUCACAUAACCAUGCCUUUAUUAACAAUAUGAAUAUGAUUCAUAAGAAGGAAUGCUUGGGAAACGAUUUAUAA